ACUAGGCGUCCGAGCAAGUGUCCUUCUUGCAUUGCCCUUGUGUCGUGGUAUUUUUGCGCUUAACGAAAAUCACAUAUUUUCAGAAGCCGAUUGCCAGCAAGUAACCCUUUCUCAGCACGAGAUAUCUAUACACUGGCCUAGCAAUGUCUCGGUGGAGAGUAUGCAUCAUCCUGGUCGCUAGCGUUACUUGCGUAGCCCUGCUGAUCUACGGAGUCUACGUGCUAAUCAACGCCCAUCAAACCACCAAGAAACCUCACAUCAUCUUCAUACUCGCUGAUGACCUCGGCUGGGCCGACGUCAGCUUCCACGGCUCGAGUCAGAUCCCGACACCCAACAUAGAUGCCCUAGCUGCAGAUGGCGUGGUGCUCAACAACUACUACACGCACCCCAUUUGUACGGCGUCGCGGGCGGCGCUUAUGACUGGACUGUACGCAACACGACUGGGUAUGUACGUACACUCGCUUCCAGGGCUUCAGCACAUACCGAUCCAACCGGGUCAACCUUUUGGCCUUGACCUCAAGUACACUCUGCUUCCGCAGCACCUGAAAAGUCUCGGCUACGAGACGCAUCUCAUAGGAAAGUGGCACAUUGGUUGCUACGAUCCCGAGCACACGCCCACACGGAGGGGUUUCGACACCUUCUUCGGAUUGUACUACGGUCACGCUGACUACUACACUCACAUGCUGCAUUCUUCGGAGGGUGCGGUAAUCUCUGGCCUAGACUUUUGGAACUACACGGAACCUGCCUGGGAAGCCAACGGCUUGUACAGUACCGACUUGUAUGCAGACAAAGCAGUGCAACUCAUCGGAAAUAUCGACAAGUCUAAGCCGCAGUUCAUUUUCUUGAGUCACCAGGCAGUUCAUUCGGGAAACGACGACAAUAGGCUGCAAGCUCCUGCAAAGAACGUGGAAAAGUUCCCGUACAUUGGAGAAAAGAACAGAACCAUCUACGCUGGGAUGCUGGAUUCUCUGGACAUUGCCGUAGGGCGCACCAUUCGCGCUCUUUCUGAAGCGGGGAUGCUGGAGGACAGCGUUGUAGUGUUCAGUUCAGACAACGGUGGUGCGUCCGAAGGCCACCUAUCUUCUCGAGGCAUCAACUGGCCACUUCGCGGACAAAAAUCCAGCCCGUGGGAAGGCGGUAGCAAGGUCGCCGCCUUCGUGUGGUCACCGCUGCUCCAAAAAAGGCGCCGGGUCUCUAACCGGCUCAUGCACAUCACUGACUGGCUGCCGACGCUCUACGGAAUGGCUGGUGGAGUGGUACAGCAGCUGGGGAACAUCGACGGCCACGACAUGUGGGAAUCGCUGUCCGAAGACGCGUUGUCUCCACGUUCCGACUUCGUGUACAACAUCGACCCUUUGUGGGGUUACUCAGCGAUUCGAAAAGACAACUUCAAAAUCGUCGUAGGCCCUCUUCCUGAGCAGCGCACAGCGAUACCAGGGGGCGAGAGACCGCAGCACGAUCUGAAUGAGCUUGCGGAACAGAGCUACUCUGAACGCAACAACGAGAAAGAGGAGGAACUCUCUCGCGCACGCGGUUAA